UUGGGUGAGUGUGUUAUCUGUGGGAUGGGGGUGGGGAGUUCAGAAUAACUCGUUGAUUGAUUCUUUUAGGAAGACAAUCUGAAAUCGGGCAUGGUGGUGCCUGCUUAAAAUUCCAGUUACUGGGGAGGCUGAGGGAGGAGUGUGGCUUGAGCCCAAGAAUUUUGGGACAUUCUGUGUGGCACAGUGAGACCUUGAGAGAGAGAGAGAGAGAGAGAGGAAGAUCCUAGGAAAGGUAAGAAACGAGGGGCCAAGGAAUGCUUGGAAGAGCAUCAAGUAGAUCAAGUAACCAUGACGGGGUAGAUUGUGGAGCUUUUAGGGAAGAAGAGAGAAGAAAACACUAUGCAAGACCUGGAAAGAGAAUGCAAGCGGAGAGAAAGCACGGAAAGACAGCAGCGUCAGCAGUGAUGACACCUCAGACUGCUUACCAUGCGUGAGCCCUCCUCUGUACUUUACACAUACUACGUACCGUGAGAAUAACUCAGUCACUCCGUUUCAUUUCGAGAACACCAGCAAAGAGAAAGAUGGAGGCAUUCGGAUAAGGCCACCCCUGCGCCACCCCUACGGCCGUAGCUAAGAGCCGUUUGUCUCCAAAUUUUGGGCUUGCCCACUCUGCUGUAGCACUCAGAGACACCGUACCAUCAGCGUACAGUCAUCAGCGUACCAGAGAGGCAGGCAUGCUUUGUUUACAUCGUGUUGACAGAGAAGGGAAGGUCAAGUGGCACAGUCCACAGGAAAGACUAAGACAGGGCCUAGUGACUAUCAAGGAUGUGUCCCUGUGCUUCUCUCAGGAGGAGUGGCGGAGCCUGGACCCCUCUCAGACAGACUUUUACGGAGAAUAUGUCAUGCAGGAAAACUGUGGGAUUGUCGUCUCUCUGAGGUUUCCAAUCCCCAAACUGGACGUGCUUUCUCAGCUAGAGGGAGGAGAAGAACAGUGGGCCUCUGGCCCCCAGGAGGGAGAAGGAAGGGACAUCCUGAAGGCCACAUAUACAGGAGAUGGAGGUGAACCCCAGGGUGACGCUCCUGCGCUGGAGGCGGGACCUCCCAGAACUGUACCCUGUGUGCCCAGUGUGUCCGAAGACACUGCUCUCUGGAACCCAGGGCAGGCUCCAAGCUGGGAGUCCGCGCCCAGGAGCUCCACAGGAACUCUCCUGAGCCCACGUUUCCUCCAGGAGGACAGCUUCUCUCACCUUCUACGUAGCACAAACACAGAUUCUCUCUUAAAACCACACACGUGCCCUCAGUGUGGGAAACAGUUUGUGUGGGGCUCCCACCUCGCCCGACAUCAGCAAACACACACUGGGGAGAGGCCCUACAACUGCCUCAAGUGUGAGAAAAGCUUUGGGCGAAGGCAUCACCUGAUCAGGCACCAGAAAACCCACCUGCAUGACAAGCCGAGCAGGUGUUCUGACUGUGGCAAGAGUUUCCGAUGCAGCUCCCACCUGGCCAGCCACCAGAGAGUGCACGCGGACAGCAAGUCCUGCAAGGGCCAAGAGGUUGGAGAGAGUCCCGGGGCUCAGUGUGCCACGCCGGUGCCAAAGUGCCACGUGUGCACUGAGUGUGGGAAGAGCUUUGGCAGGAGGCACCACCUAGUGAGGCACUGGCUGACCCACACUGGGGAGAAGCCCUUCCAUUGUCCUCGCUGUGAGAAGAGCUUUGGCCGCAAGCACCAUCUGGACAGGCACCUGCUGACCCACCAGGGGCAGAGUCCUGGGAGCAGCUGGGACAGACGGACCUCUGCUUUUUGAAAUCUGUCUCGUCUGUAGCUAUGGUCAUACCUGUCAGCCAGUGUUACCAGCAGUCACUGUCAGAGCUGCCUGUUUCCUGUACCCUGAGGGCGGGAACAUUUCUCACCGCUUCUGGGAGACAAUAUUUGAAAACAGAACAAAGUUUGGGGAAACGGGUGCAAAGUAUGUGUGCGGCUGUUCAUCCUGAACCUACUCUCAAGGGUGCAGUGGAACCAGUAGUGAUGGUUGAGGCCCAUUCUCAUUGGUUGGAGUUUAUGCAGUACCAGUUCCUAAAUAUUUACAGAGAGAGAAAGUGAAAGGGGCCGUUAGUAUAUCAAGGGCUCUGAGAACCUCCACAGCGGAUUUUUAUUCAUGUAACAUUUCCUAAGUUUGUUUGGCUCCAGGAUCUAUUUCAAGUCCUGCAGAAUGGGUGACUCCACGAAGUAUACUUCUGUGAGCAUUGGGCUAAGAUGAAAGGAAGAAACAGGAAAGAGAUGAUGGCCAGGCAUUCGGAGCCGGGGAGCAAGGGGCCAGACCUUCUCCUGUGGGUCCGCCUCUCUUCCCCGUGAUUACACACCUCUCACUCCUCCCUCUGCAAAAUACAGAGUGGCUUUUCACUCACAACCCGUAUUCCCCUUAUCCUGCCCAGCACACACACACACACACACACACACAUGCUCAACAUACAUCCCACAACACACACACACACACACACCCCACAUGCAUACACAUGCACACAUGCUUGACACGAACAAUACACACACACACACACACACACACACAGAGAGAGAGAGAGAGAGAGAGAGAGAGAGAGAGAGAGAGAGAGAGAGAGAGAGAGAGUUGAGAGAUCCUUACAGAGCUAAAGAAUGGACUUUAUAACCCCAAGUAAUGGAGGUCCACAGAGCAGGAAAAACUAUCCCCUUGAUCAGAGCUUUCUCUUAUCUGUGUUUUUGUGUCUGUGUGUGUAUGUGUGCAGGGUCUUUGAAGACAGCAUGCUCAGUACAAACUGUACAAGUUAGGUUUUCUAGAAAUUGUGUUCUAGGGAUAAGGGUAGUGGGGAUGGUGUGAGUUUUGGUUUUGUUUUUAACAUAUUCUGAGUGGUAAAGGGAGUCGUGGUACAAUGGUGUAACAAUGGCUUGAGUUGUGUACAGUUUUCCUGGAUAUUCCUGGGAUGUAGACAGUUGUGGAUUUGUAGAUCUAGGUCUGAAUCUCUGGGAGGAAAUCCUUUUUCCCUGCAGAGACAGAAAGGGGCAGUGACUUUUGGUUGUUGUUGACCUUGAGUGAUGUGACAGUGGUUUGUGCUUCGUGGGGGUUCUGUCUUGUUUUACGUGCUAAAAAAAAUCAGGAUGGGGUCACAGUGCCCCAGUUUGGCUUUCA